UUAGGAAUUUUAUUUCAGUCAUUAAUAUCUAUUUCCUACCUGAAACAUUCAAAAAAGAAUUAUCUAUUGUUUUAAAUUUAAAAAUGAAGAACAGACUGUUGUUGGUGAACCCGGGCAAACUCCGGCCUUCGGGACAGUAACAAAAAAACUUAGACCAGGCUGUUGACUACUAACCAAGACCGGCCGCCCACGUAGGUAGGCAGGCAGAGUAAAGCGAACUCUUCUGUACCACCACUUCUAGCCCUCUUCUUGCCCCCUUUCCGUCUCCUUCUCCUCCUCCAUCUUCUUCCUCCUCAACGAGCAGUCGAUGGCGAGCCCGGAGAGACCGCUCCUGGUAAGAGCCAUGGGCAUGAGGCGGACGUGGGUCUGCCUCUUCCUCCUCGUCUACACCUUCCUCCUCUACUGCUCCUGGAGCCUCCUCCUUUCCAUCCGCUCCUGGUACAACACCGCCUCUUCUCACUCCUCCUCCUCCUCCUCCUCCACUUCUCCGACCUACGUCGCCGGGUGGCCGGCGCUGUACGCGUCGGUGCUGUACGGAGGCGUAUUCGGGCUACUGGCGAUGGGGGCGGCGCUCGCGGUGGCGGUGCCGGCGACGCUGGUCACGUGGAUCACCGUGCUGGUGCUGCUCGCCUUCGCGGGGAAGCCGCGGCGGUCUCUGGUCAUGGAGGGGCGGCGGAUCACCGCCGACAUCACCGCCAUCGCCCUCAAGAUCCUCGUCCGCGAGGGCAACCUCGUUGCCGGCAUCUGUGCUACCGUCAGCUUCUUCGCCCUCCUCUUCAGCAGCAGGAGAUCAGGGGGAGCAGCAGGAGGAGACCGUGAUUUGUGAGAUCCAUCAAAGAUCACGGAAGCUUCGUUUCUGUUGUUGCAGUAACUUGUAGAUGCUUAGAGAGAGAGAGAGAGAGGGAGAUUACUGGUAAGUAAUCGUUGCUGCUGUAAUUUUUGACUCUGAUGUUUGGAAUGAUCGAUCUGGCUAAGAGACAAACAGCAGCGUCAUAUAGUAAUGGCAAAUCAUAUUGGAAGAUAACAAUGGAUGACCAUUUCACAUAUUAUCAAUUAAGAGCAUUUUUUACCGCCUUGAAAUCAUUAUCACCAAGUGAUUUCUUGUUCGACAAGGUAUUCUCUGGCAAAGCUGAUGAACUCGUGCUACAUCUCCUCAGUAUCUUUGAUGUGUGCAACAUGUAUGCAUAGUAUAUCCAAAAUCUAUUCAACCAAAACAAAGGUU